AUGAGAUCACUCCUCGUCAUUUUCGCUCUUUUCGCUUGCAGUUCACUAGCUUUUGUCGUUGAAGAAGUUUGUGUACAACGAGCUUUCGGAACUCUUCUCGACGCUGAGGAAAUUGCAAAUUUAACGGUCGCUUUCUCUUCACCGAAUCGAAGAAAGACCGUGGUGGCCUAUGUGAAAUCGUUGCACCUAGGCAAUUCGACACAAAAGAAAGUGAUGCACGAAGUGUGCAAUAUGUUCCAGAGUCGGAUCGCAUUCGCCGAGAAUCUCGCACGGAAUUUUUUCAAAUCUGUCGGAAAAGUGCUGAAUGAUACGCAGAUGGCAGCGCUUCACAGCCGCUACAUCGCCGAUCUGAAAUCGUUUAAUUGUGACGUCACAAAGGUUUUCGGGGAUCUCUACUCGUGGCUGGCUGAACAGUACGCCUCGGAUCCAUCCCUUCAACAAACCGUCCAGAACGCAGCCAAUAAAGUGCUGCAACGUUUCACGAAAACGAGCGAAUCGAUGAGCAAACUCGUCAAGUAUAUGAGCUAUUUCUUGACGCCAAGCAAUAGCAGUAGUAAUGGAAAUGGA